AUGGCAGAACAUCAGGAGGCAAGUUGGCAACUAUUCAGUGAGGAGCUAAGGCAUGCGCUGACAACUCUGACUCAGCCGCUGCUCCCAGGCUAUGUAGACGAAGCGAAUCGCACUGAUAACAAUGGGCUUCAAACUGUGUUGAAUGAGGUGAUUGAUUGGGUCACACAACACCCACCUAAAGAAAAAGAGAUCCCCAAAGCUUUAGCACGCUUGGCUUGUGUGAUGUCUGUCCAAAUUAAGAGACAGGACGAAGCCAUGGGGAGGGCCCAAGAACAAAUACGGGCACAAAUGAAGGAAAUUGAUCAUCUCAAAGAGGAGCUGGGAGGCACUGAAAGGGCUCUACAGCAAACUCGAGACCGUUUGGAUGAGAUGCAAGCAGAGCCUCCAUCCCAACAUGAUCAAGACCCUUCCUUAGUAACCCAAAUCUCAGACUUGCGUGACACCAUUGAGGAAAAGGAAGCUCAACUUUCGGACGCUAGGUCCACCGUUCUUGAACAAUUACAGGAGUUGUCAAGAGUGAAAAGCAACCUAGAUCAGUCCUCAACUGAUGCAAGGGACUGGAAGGCCCGGUUUGAAAGCAAAAGGGUGGCCCUCGAAGCUGAAGAGAGACAUUCUGCUAAUUUAAAGCAAAUGCUCCUCGAGACUCAGAGGAAACUUACUGUGGGUCAACCCCAGCAAGAUCAGAGCGGGCGAAGCUCGCUUGAGGAAGUUUCCAGGUGCUCUUGUGGAUGACAAAAUCUACUUGAUCAAAGCUACCUCCAAUCGAGAGGUUAGCAGCUUCAUUGAACGACAACCGCGUCGGGUCAAGAACGACUAUGACCGGCUGUGUCAGGCAUUAGUUGACGAGUUCUCUGACCCCCUUACACCCACUGGUUUAGCUGCUGCACUGUUAGUCAAACAGGAGAGACAGGAAUCUCCCCAGUCGUACUACAGUGGCCUUCGCCAGGCUUACUUUGGUUGUCAAAAUGAACCUGAAAUGGAGGAAGAUCUAAACUUUAAGACUUUGUUUGUUCAAAACCUCCAUCCGACCACGAGUCAUCAUCUUGGUGUUGCUGCUUGUCCCCGAACCUUAAACAGCAGACAGCUCCGCGAACUGGCUGUAAAAGGCUUUGCUAAACAGCGACACACCCAAUCUAAGAAAGCCGAACCUGGUACUGUCUUGGCUGUGGACACAAGGUCCAUGCCCCUAGAUCUGGAGGGCGGUGCCGUGGGUGCGCAUUCAGAUGCACCUCAAACUGCAACAGCCCGACCAACCCAGAAUCUGAAAACUUCCCGAUAUCAGCCAGCUGAUAAAGGUCAAAACCUGAAGCAGCCUCAGUCUGACAGUGAACAACACCAGGUCAGAUUUGACGAAGAUCGUCCACCCUCAUACUCUCGCAGGGAUGGGGCUCACCCUAGAAGGGAUGACACCCAUCGGCCCUACCGACCUGACAACAGGGGGUGGAGAGACCGGUCAGAUCGUUAUGGCCCACGCCGAGAACGAAACUCAGAGCGACCUUACCCGCAGUUUCAGUCAGCACUUUCUGACGAAGAGAUGGGUACAAAGGCCAAAUCAGACCCUCCCCAGAAGGGUAGUGGAUCUAAAGGUGGAUCUAAGGGUGAAUCAAAGUCCUCUGAUCUGACAGAGGAAGAACGCAAACUCCUAAGACAAAUAAUCCGUAGAAUACAGAGAAAAGGAGAUAAGAAAGCAGAUCUCUCUCUGUCGCUGACGCCGCCGUCCAGGAUGACACUUCUGAGCCAAACAUGAUGCCUGUCCAGCAGACUGCAGUUCAGGAGGACGUGUGUAUGUCCUUACAGGAGUCGGUGACACCCUCACCAGCUAACACUCCUGCCGAUCUUGAACCUCGGGACAACACAUCACAAGAAACGACAUCUACCAGCGCCGUCUUGGUAGUACAGGCGAACUCCGCAGAGGAGCCAGCCGAAGAAGACUCCUCACUUAUUCUGCUUGAACCACCUUUCCUCCAAUUCUUGUGCAACCUCACUGAGAAGGGUAUCGCACAGAAGUUUUAUAUUAAUACUGUCCUUGAAAAUGAACUUCAACACGAAGCUCUCUUAGACACUGCUGCUGACAUCACUCUGAUGUCCUCCACGCUCUUUAACCGCCUGCGCAAUAUGGUGCAGCAGUCCAACAGGGACAUCAAGCUGCAGCCCUGCGCCAUGGAGAUUCGGCCGUACUCCACAGACAGUACGACCUUAAAAACAAUGACGAUGUUGAACAUCUCCAUUGGACCAAUGAAAAUCAUGCACCCCGUGUAUGUGUCACCCCUUGAGUCGAUUCCUUUCCUCAUCGGUCAAGACCUUUUAAAAAGGUUUGAGCCCCUGAUCGAUUAUCGACAGCUGAAAAUAUGGGCACAGGUCCGCAGACCAUUACCCAUACCAGCAACUGACAAGAAUCGGGCUCAGUGUUACGCCCUGACGCGUGAACUUGCUACAAGCACACCGACAAGUGUAAGCUCACCGGAGCAACCCUACUUGAUUGACGACGAGCCACAACCCUGCUCGUGGCCUUUCGAUGACUCAGUCAUAAAAAGGGACACAUUUUUGUGCAAAUUCGAUGACACCAAUGGACCCGACACGCCCGGGCCAUUGAUCACUGACGGCAUUAACUUGAAUGAGUAUCACGUCAACAAUGUGAUUUUGGCUCUUUGGGCUGACAAAUCAGCCAUCAGCCGUGAACUGUACGACGCCUUAUCUAGGGAUGACCCGAACCUCCAGUGUGUUCGGAAAGCAUUUCGCUUCCCUUGGACUCCCUUCCUAAAGCCACCAUGA